UCGGUCAUUUAUCAGUACUUCCGAGCACACUUCUGCGGACUGACGUGUUUUCACGCGAGAGACAGAUAACAAUACAAAAACAAGCGCCGUCUCCAACCAUGGAUUUCAGUGAUAAAGUGGUGAUCGUCACAGGAGGCAGCAGUGGCAUCGGAGCGGCGUCCGCUAAGCUCUUCGCUUCUCAUGGCGCCCUGGUAGUUUUAGUCGGCAGAAACGUCCAAAGACUGGACCAAGUCGCGUCCGAAUGCGAAGUGAAAGGCCAAAAACCUUUAAAACUCGCCUUGGACUUGACCGCAGCCGGCAGUUGCGAGCAAGUUGUAAGAAAAACCAUAGAGACGUUUAAAAAAAUCGACGUGCUAGUCAACUGCGCUGGCCAGGGCAUCAUGACGUCACUGUUCGACGAUGACAUGCAAGUUUUCGACGAACUAUUCGCUCUGAACGUUCGCGUCCCCUACCGACUCACCCAGCUUUGCGUUCCGUAUCUCACAAAAAGCAAAGGCAAUGUGGUAAACGUUUUCGGCUCCCACUGCCGAGGCACUCCCGGAAUGCUUCCCUUCUGCAUGUUCAAAGACGCCAUGGAACGCUUCACCAGAGCUGGAGCUUUAGAACUCGUCUGUGUUGGCAUACGCAUGAAUGCCGUCAGAACUGGGAUCUGCCGGACAAACUUCUUGGCCAAUUUCAACGUUUGCGAGGAGGCGAAAGACGCGGCUUACGAGAUGAUAUGCAAGGAUGUGACUCCGAAUAACGUGCCUAUAGAGCCGGAGGAAGUGGCUCGGAUGGUGGUGUUCACAGCCAGUGAGACCUGCCCCAGUGUGAACGGUGCUAGUCUGUGUAUAGACGCGGCCGCGUGUUGACUUUGGAAGUGAUCAAUGAGUUUUUGGACUGCGCUUUUUAAUGUGGACAUCUUAUGAUGUUAGUUCUUUAUUAUUAAGUGAACCUUUUGGAUAAUGAUUAUCUCUAUUUUAUGCAGUAAGUAGAAAGAAAGAUGAAAGAAAAUCAUUUAUUCAAUAAAUACCUACACACUCACACAGGCAAGCAUAAACUACAGAACAAGCCAAACAACUACAAGUGAGAACCUGCUUUUUGGAAGCCGGUUAAAGAUACACUGUUAAAUAAAUAUACCUGUUGAAUGCAUUUAAUAAAACAGGAAUUUGACUCGCAUUUUCUUCGACGUGUAUUGAAAUUCAUUGCAAAAUGGUUACUAUAUUUAUUUCUCUUAGGCUGAGAAUUGUCCCUCCAGUUUAAAUAUGUUGGUUAAUAUUCAGGGUUAUACAAUUAUGGUCUAUUACGGUCUGAAUUUUGAUAUAUGUACCUACAGACAGCAACAAUUAAAAUAACUUGAAAAUUUUCUGAAUUAAAAAUAUUUUCUACUACCUAUCCUUAUACUAGGACCGUGUAUUAUUUAUUUGAAUUGUGAGUUAAAUGUUAAUUAGCUUUAUAAUAAGUUGGUCCAUUAAAUAACAAUGUGUUUUGAUAUCGCUUACUAUAAAUAAAUUGUUGACUGAGAUUAGAAUUUGUACCGUUUGUGAUAACUGUGCUAUUUUUAUUCUGUUAAUAACAAAAUAAAUGCAUUUCACUGUUAGUACCUGAUUAUAUAUUUCAUCAUCAUCAUCAUCAGCUAACGAUCGUCUACUGCUGGACAUGAAGCCUCUUUACUAUGUUUUGUAAUGAUAAAAAUAUUAUAGGUACUUAUUGAAAUAUAACAAAUUCAGUAGAGAUGCGUUUUUCUUUACUUAUUCAUUUCAUCUACUGCUGGAAAUUCUUUACUUACCUGCAACAAAAAAAUAUAUGAAUUAAUACAAAAUUAUAAUACGAAGCAGUAGUUAAAGUCUUAGUUAAAUAUGUCAAUUACACAUAUAUUAUAUAGAAAUAAUUGAUUUAACAUGGGAUUAACGGCAUGCUUUUACUCUAUGUAUUACACUCACGGGCAAUGAAAAACUUCAAUUGAUAAAAUCACCAAAUUACUUCUAAACGGAAAAAAACUAACUUAAUGGCGUCUUCUGUAAUGUUUAAGUACAUUAAACGGAGCAUUAGAAUAUAACCAACUAAAAAAGUAAACAUUUUGUUCAAAUUUCUUAUUAAAUGUUUUAAAAAAAAUUGCCAUUUGGUGCAUUUUGGUAGUGGAACUGUUUCUUUGCACAUGAGUGUAUUUUUAGACGGUAACAGCAUAUAUUUUAUCCCACAGGAAGCCAUUAUACAGACAUUGUCAAACAGGCACAUAGUCUCUACUAUAACCAAGAAUUCCUAUUCCAGUCGUAACCAAUCUGUGUUACAGUGAGCUAGGUUAGUUUUUUGGACAGAAGCCAGUAUUUACGGCGUUCCAUGUUUUACGACAAACAAACAUAAUUUAACUGUUCCAUCUGUCAGUGCAUUAUUGUAAACAACUCUACAAGCACCAUCUCUUAAAGUGACAUAAAAUAUGCUGUAGAAU